AUGGCUCCAAGUACUCUCUUAACAUGCCGCGCGACCCCUAAAGCCGUCGCGCCCCGCGCCCCCGCCCUUCCCCUACCACCGUCGAUGCGCGCGCCCUGCCGUUCAUCGCGCGCACCCUGCUUCGUCGCCGCGCGUGCCUUAUUUUCGCCACGCGCGCCUUAUUUUCGCCCCGCGCGCCCUGGUUUCGCCGUCGUGCGCCCGGCCUCGCGUGCGCCCUGCUUUGUGCCCAUGCGCGCUCUGCUUCCCCCUGGUUGCGCCCGCCCUGCCCCACGUGGCUGCCCUCCUUGUGGCUGCCCUUCCACUCGCGAGCGCCUCCUCUCCUCCCGCCGUGCUCUCCCCUUCCUCAAUCCGUCCCCCCCUCCUUCCCCCCCUCCCUCACCCUCCUCCUUUCCACUCUCCUUUGCGCUUGAAGCACCGCCUUACUUCUUCCUCCUCCUAUUUCCUCUCCUUCUCUACUACCCUUCCACACCAUCCGCCCCUUCUCCCUCCUCCUCCUCCUCCUCUCUUCUCUCCCUUCAUUCCCCUCCCCAUCGCACUCUCUCCUCCGCCUCUCUUCUCUCGUCUACUGCUGCAGCUGGUUGCCGGCUUUGCUUUGUCAUUUUGCUCAUCAAGACCUACCCCUUCUCUCCAUCCACCCCUUCACCCUCCUCCUCUCUUCUCUCCCUUCAUUCCCCUCCCCAUCUCAUUCUCUCCUCCGCCUCUCUCUUCUCCUCUACUACUGCAGUUGGUUGCCAGCCUUGCUUCGUAGCCGUGCUCCUUCCCCACUGUGUUCCUCCGCCUCUAUUUUCUCCCCUCAGCGGCGCAGCAACAGACUACUCCACUGUUAUCCCUCCUCUUAUUUCUCCCCACAGCGGCGCAGCAGCAGACUACUCCGCCAUUAUCCCUCCUCUUAUUUCUCCCCCCACCGGCGCAGCAACAGACUAUUCCGCCAUUAUCCCUCCUCUUAUUUCUCCCCUCAGCGGCGCAGCAGCAGACUACUCCGCCAUUAUCCCUCCUCCUCUUAUUUCUCCCCUCAGCGGCGCAGCAGCAGACUACUCCGCCGUUAUCCCUCCUCUUAUUUCUCCCCUCAACGGCUCAGCAGCUGACUACCUCGUCCAUAUUCCUCCUCCUCUUUUAUCUCCCCACAUCUGCUCCAUUGCUACCCCCUUCCCCCGAUGGGGCCUAUUCUCGUUCUUACCUCUCCUCCUCUGCGCUUCCGCCCUCACCCGUCUCCUGCCGUACCUCCUCUCCUACCCUUGCCUUUCCUCAUCUCCGCUCCCUUCGCUGCCCCUUCCUCCCCUUGCACCUCUCCUACUUGCCUAUGGACCUCCCCUCUUCUCCGCCCCUCUGCUUGGGUUCCGCUAUCCCAUCACUGUCGCCACUCUUGUGCCGCUGUCACCUCUGGUAUUGGUUCUCUGGCCUCUGUCUUCAAUGUAA